GGCCUGGUAAGUUAGAGCAUGAUUUAGCUCGAACAGCGCCAUGGCGAAGAAAGGCACGUUCAAUGGCAGCUUCUUCAGCAACUUCGCAUCACGGUUGCACGGCACGCCGGUGCGCUUCGGCCUGCUCCUGGGCCAACAGGUGGAAGGCGGCCUGGGAGACGUGGUCUUCGCUGCGCCCACACCAGCGCAGCUGGGCGAGGAUGGUGAGCCAGCCGCUGUUCCCAAGGAUACCGCGGCACUGCUCAGAUCAUCUACGGGUGGUGUAGCCUUUGCCGAGUGGGCGGUACAGCACGCGGAAGCGGUGCGUAAGCUGCUGCCCGCGGGUUUGGAGCCUUUGGGCUGCUUUACCGUGGCCAGCGAGGCCUCGGCCAAGGACCUGGCGCCCUUGCUGGCGCCAAUUCUUCGUGGGUUCUCAGAGCCUUUGGUUCUGAGCAUCGACCCGUCUACCAGGAAAAACACCUUCUGGCAGCUGGCGGUGUGUGCGAAGCCAGCUUUGCGUCCUGCGCAAAUGAAAGCCGACAGCUACAAGGAGUUCUUGCUGCUGUGGACUGUCACCAAUAUCGAUGUGAUGGUGCCGCAGUAUAGCGCUGACGACGGCAUUGAGAAGGUGGCCAGGGAGGUCUCGAGGGCAGUGACCGAGAGCCUGAAAAGCAGCAUUGUGACGAUUGCGAGCGACGGAGGUGUCGCCCAGGUGGUUGACUGGAAAAGCGAAUCUAGUCUGGCCAGCGCUGCCGCAAAGGAUUGCCAGCAGCUGCGUGUGGCCUUCCUGCGUCGAGGCAACGGUCCUUUCGGGCAAGGAUCAGUCAGGCAGCGGUGUGUCAUGGCAGCCAGCGCCCUCCUGCUGCGGCGGAAUGGCGAGCUGCGUGAAGCUGUGGCAAAGCUCCGGGAGGAGCUGGCGGCCUCCGCGGCAGAGCGUGUGCGUUUGGCCCUGGAAGAGUGCGAGCAGCCAGGCAAGCUGCUGAACUUGCCUUGGCGCAGCCUCUUCACCCCGCAGGAUCUCGAGCUGCCGCUUUGGGUGGGCGACUACUGCAUGCCGGAUGAGUCCCACUCCGCAGCAAGAGAACGCCUUGGGCAACUGCUUUGCAUGCCGGAGGAGGCUUUGAGUCAGGCUCCUGAGCAUUUGGAUGAGCACAUCAUCUUCACAGCCAAGCAUGCGGGCACAUACAGUGCGAAGGAGCUGGAGAAGCCUGCAGCGGCACCUGCCAAGCCGCAGCAGAAGGCUCCGCUGGCUGUUUGCCUGGGCUUGGUGGUGCUCCUGGUGGCAGUGGCCAUCCCAAGGCUCCUGUGAAGUCGGGCGCUAUGAGAAGGGCUCCCACAGCCAUGGCUACAGCCAUGGAAUGGCAGGAGCUCAAACGAAAACAGGGAUCCAAAUGUCAACAAUGGAAUACUGGCA